CUCAUUCCAAAAUUUCACCCAAAAUCGGCAGUAGCGGAAAGAUGUACGGAUUCAAUUCGGCCACUCUCCUCACCGGCGCCGCACCUAUGCGAAAAUCAGGCACUCCUCUCGCCGCUGUCUCGCUGGAAUCAGUCAGAUUGUUGACAGCCGCAAAUGUGAGAGGAAAAUGGAGAAUAAGCUGAAGAAGCUCUCGAGUAAUGUGGUGAUGCUCACGUGCCAGUCAUCUGCGGAUACUGGCGUAUGCAAUGUUUAUUUGGUCGGAACCAAUCACACUUGUCCGAAAUCUUGGGCAGAAGUUAAGGCCGUGGGGAAAUUCUUGAAACCAGAGGUUUUUUUCCUGGAAUUGUGCUCUACUCGCACAGAAAUUCUUACACGUGAAAUACCAAAGGCUCUGACCAUGAGAGAAAUGGUCGAUAUGUGGAAGAAAAAUUAUCAACCUACUUGGAUUCUUUACAAGUGGUUUAUUCGCAAGUGGUAUUCUUGGGAGGUUCCAUUUGAAGGUGGAGAUAUGCGCGCGGCAAAUGAAGAAGCCAAGAAAUACGGCGCCAAGGUUAUACUUGGUGAUCGACCUAAUGAUAUUACAUUGCAGAGAUAUCGUGCUAGGACGUCUCUUUGGCAAGCGCACGCCAAGAUACGUAAUGGAACCACUUGGUGUCAUAAUAUUUAUAAGGAAACCUUUUUCCACGAGCGCGACCUAUAUAUGUCGGCCAAGAUACUAGAAGUUGCGCGCAAGCAUAAAUCAGUGGUAGCUGUUGUGGGAAGGGACCACUUACUAGGAAUCCAGAAGAACUGGAAAAAAUCUGUUGACACGGAGCAACUUAUUUACGUACCAUCAGGGAAGAAAAAAGUUGCAUCCAUUGGAGCAGGAGUUGCCAUAAUUUAUGGCAUUUAUCUCUACAUGAAGAAUUAGCAUUCUGUAUUCCAUAAGCCUAAUCGAGCCCAGGUGAGAGAUGUUGCAACAAUGAUGUAAUUUCAGAACGCGUAUUGAUGUAAUUCGUGUACUUAAUGUUGUUAGGCAAUAGUGAAGGGUGAGCGAAUUUGUAUUAGUGAGCUGG